CGGCGGAGUUUCUUCAAAACUUGUUUAGCAACGAAUGCCAGCCCCAUUGGCUGAGACUUGGAAUGAGGUCACGGCAGCGAUUGUUGUGAUGGUGCUUCUCGUUUUGGGGCAAGUUCAUUCCGACCAUCCUGUAGCACUUGGGAUGCGCUCGAGCCGUCGCCACAGCAUUCAGCAGUUUUGACCUCUUCCUCUACUUUCCUAACGGGACCCUUGUGUAUUGCGCUUAUUAGCGGGGAUAUUCUACAGUAGGUUGGAAUCUUUCGCUUGGGAACUUUUUUUUUUAAUGAACCUGCUGCCUUCAAGAACUUUUAUCUUGCGAGCAUCGCGCUUUAGAUAGGACAUCCAAUGGUCUUUGGAGGGACGCAACUGUUUUUAUAGAAUAGGCAGAGCUGUGAGAGAUGAAGCCCAUCCUGCAGCACUGUGGGUCCGCGCUGCUGCUGCUGACGCUCUACCUGCUGGGGGUCGCUUCUCCCCUCAACCUGGAGGACCCCAACGUCUGCAGCCACUGGGAGAGCUACUCGGUCACCGUGCAGGAGUCCUACGCGCACCCCUUCGACCAGAUAUACUACACCAGCUGCGCCGACAUCAUCAACUGGUUCAAGUGCACACGGCACAGGGUGAGCUACCGCACGGCGUACCGCCGCGGGGAGAAGACCAUGUACCGCCGCAAGUCCCAGUGCUGCCCCGGCUUCUACGAGAGCGGAGAGACCUGCGUGCCCCACUGUGCGGAGAAAUGCGUUCACGGCCGCUGUGUGGCCCCCAGCACCUGCCAGUGCGAGCCGGGGUGGGGGGGGCCGGACUGCUCCAGCGCCUGUGACAGCACGCACUGGGGCCCCCACUGCAGCAGCCGGUGCCAGUGCCAGAACGGGGCGCUGUGCAACCCCAUCACGGGGGCGUGCCUGUGCACCCCGGGGUACCGGGGCUGGCGCUGCGAGGACGUGUGCCAGCCGGGCACCUACGGGCACAGCUGCCAGCAGAAGUGCCAGUGCCAGAACGGAGCCGCCUGCGACCACGUCACCGGAGAGUGCCGCUGCUCCCCCGGCUACACCGGCGCCUUCUGUGAGGAGCGGUGCCCCCCGGGGAAGCACGGCCGGCAGUGUGAGGAGCGCUGCCCCUGCCAGAACGGGGGGGUGUGCCACCACGUCACUGGGGAGUGCGCCUGUCCCGCCGGCUGGAUGGUGCAGACGUGCCCCGUGCACGUCCGGGGCUGCGGGAGACCUGCCGCUGCACGGAACGCCGCACAGUGCACCACAUCAGCCCAAGGUGAGUGCGAGCACCGGCCAACACCGGAGGUCUGCGAGGUGGGCUCUGCCCCGAGGGCCAUCAGGUCUGCGCAGGCACAGCAGUGCCCCAUGCACGCCGCACACCCCAGAGCCUGCUGUAGUCUGUCACAUGCAGUGAGACGAGGCUGUAAAUCUGUCCUGAGCGACGUCUCACUUCGGCCUCUGUGCCCCCCCCCCUCCCGCAGCUGCCACCCCAUGUCUGGGGAGUGCUCCUGUCAUCCUGGCUGGUCGGGGCUCUACUGUAACGAGACCUGCGCCCCCGGAUUUUUCGGGGAGUCCUGCCGGCAGGUGUGCCAGUGCCAGAACGGGGCGGACUGCCGAAGCGUGACUGGGGAGUGCGUCUGCGCCCCUGGGUUCAAGCAGGCGGACUGUUGUCUGUGGGUGCUAGGGAGCAGGAGUCUCCUGCGCGGACACGGCCACUGCUCGUCUACCUGCAGCUGUAAGAACGGGGCGCUGUGCUCACCUGUGGAUGGAGCCUGCACCUGCAGAGCAGGUUGGUACGGGGUGGACUGCUCCAUUAACUGCCCCAGUGGCACCUGGGGGCUGGGCUGCAACCUCACCUGUCAGUGUGGGAACGGAGCCGCCUGCAACGCGCUCAACGGACUGUGCACCUGUGCCCCGGGCUGGAGGGGCGAGAAGUGCCACCUGCACUGCCAGGACGGCACCUAUGGGAUGGGCUGCAGGGAGAGGUGUGACUGUAGCCAUGCCGACGGGUGCCACCCCACCACGGGGUACUGCCGCUGCCUACCUGGCUGGACAGGGAUCCACUGUGACAGCGUGUGCGCUGAGGGCCUCUGGGGCCCAAACUGCUCCCUGCCCUGUGACUGCAGGAACGGGGCGUCCUGCUCCCCGGAUGAGGGCACCUGCGAGUGUGCGCCCGGGUACCGAGGGACCACCUGCCAGCGCAUCUGUUCUCCGGGGUACUUUGGGCACCGCUGCAGUCAGGCGUGCCCGCAGUGCGUCCAUAGCAACGGGCCCUGCCACCACAUCAGCGGGCAGUGUGACUGUCUGCCCGGCUUCAAAGGAGCCCUCUGCAAUGAAGUGUGCCCCAGUGGCAGGUUUGGGAAGAGCUGUGGGGGGGUGUGCACCUGCACCAACAACGGCACCUGCAACCCCAUCGACGGGUCCUGCCAGUGCUACCCGGGGUGGAUCGGCAGCGACUGCUCCCAGCCCUGCCCCCCGGGUCAGUGGGGGCCGAACUGCAUCCACACCUGCAACUGCCACAACGGAGCCUUCUGCAGCGCCUACGAUGGGGAGUGCAAGUGCACCCCGGGGUGGACCGGCCUGUACUGCACCCAGCGUUGUCCGUUGGGUUACCAUGGCAAGGACUGCUCCCUGGCGUGCCAGUGCCAGAACGGGGCGGACUGCGACCACAUCUCCGGCCAGUGCACCUGCCGAACCGGGUUCAUGGGUCGGCACUGCGAGCACAAAUGCCCCUCUGGUUCCUAUGGUUACGGCUGCCGGCAGGUGUGCGACUGCCUGAACAACUCCACCUGCGAUCACAUGACCGGCACCUGCUACUGCAGCCCCGGCUGGAAGGGCACCAGGUGUGACCAAGCCGGAGUGGUCGUCGUGGGCAACCUGCACAGCCUGACCAGCGCCGCCGUCCCGGUGAACUCGUACCAGAUCGGCGCCAUCGCCGGCAUCAUCGUCCUGGUCCUCCUGGUGCUCUUCGUCCUCCUCCUCUUCAUCAUCUACAGGAAGAAGCAAAAGGGCAAGGAGCCGGCCAUGCCCGCCGUCACCUACACGCCCACCAUACGCGCCAAUGGCGACUACACCCACUCAGAAACGCUCCCUCAGACGGGGGAGGGGCACCCCAACAGCAACUACUUCUCCAACCCCAGCUACCACACCCUGACGCAGUGCUCCGGCCCCCCCCACACCAACAACAUCCCCUACGGGAAGGCCAAGAACAACCAGCUGAUGGUGAACCUGAAGAACGUGGACAGCGAAGCCUCCCUGGUGAGCACCUGGAACUCUGCCGCGACUGGAAGCGGGCGCUCCACAGCUGGAGUAAACGCGCUCAUUUUCUGCUCUGUUAUCCUUACAGGAGCUUUCGGGGUUGACAGGCGUUACAUGGGAAAGUCUCUCAGAGAUCUGGUGAAGGGGAGCCCGUACCACGCCAGCUCCUGCUCCCUGAACAGCUCGGAGAACCCCUACGCCACCAUAAAGGACCCCCCCCUCCUCCUGCCCCCCAAAAACACUGAGUGCGGCUACGUGGAGAUGAAGUCGCCGGCCCGGCGUGACCCCCCCUACGCCGAGAUCCACAACGCCGCCGCCCCCCCCGCCGGCAAGAACGUCUACGAAGUCGAGCCCACGGUUAACGUGGUCCACACACCCACCAACAACAACAACAAUGCGCCCUUUCCCUUCGCCCAGGACCCGUACGACCUGCCAAAGAACAGCCACAUCCCCUUCCACUACGACCUGCUGCCCACCCGGGAGAGCCCGCCCCCUCCCCACAAGGAGCUGGGCAGCGAAUGAGCACUCAGAGACACAGAGACCACGCCCCCGUACGAUGGCUCAUCCAAUGGCCUUGAUGCGCCGUGAUUUUCUCACCUGCUACAUAUCUAUCCCUUCACCAUUAUAUUAAUAGUUUUUUUUUAAUUACAGUUUUUUUGCUAUCACUAUAAUCAUUUUUAAUCUUGAGAGGAACUUCAUCUUCACUCAAUUUCACACUCUUAAGAUCUCAUUUAUGAUCUCAUUCAAAAGAGAAUGAAAAAAUCUGUUCAAUCUGAUGGAGUGUAAAUAUAGCACGAGGAGAUUGGUGUUAUUCUUUCGUACUUCAUAAUACAACACGAUACAAAUAUGUCGUAAAUACAGCUUCAUAGACAGCGCAGGAUUUUCUUCACACGUUCGAGUCCCUCCCUACCCCUCCAUGGCACAUAUCACGCGCAGUUGCUAUAGAGUACGAAUACAAUCAAGCCUCGGUCUAUUAAGGGUUAAAAGAACAUAUGCAGUAUUAGACAGUAGAAAAGCAGGAUUAUAAGUGUGAAUGCCAGUAUAGUUGCUUUAUUCUUUAGUGUUUUUUUUUUCAUUUAGGAAGAGCAGCUAAUAGUUCUGAACUUCACUUGCGUGGAUGGUGUUUUUUAUUUUUUUGUUUGUUUUUUUUUAAAUUACAUUUUUUCACUUCUUUUGUUGAAAAAAAAAAGCUUCAUUGUGUUUAGAUUGCAAAUGGCUGAUCAGUACUAAAGUUAACCAAAGGAACAAAGUGUGCCCCACUUAGACUUUUCUUGGCUGGCUCUUAAGAUCACUUCAGGCGUCCGUUGACCAGCUCGGCUUCCCCGCUGCAGAAACAGUCGAUAACAAUUAACCAGCACAACUGCGUUUUUCGUCCCUCGGUUACCGUUAGCUACGCUUUUACACUCCCCGACGAUAACAGGGAAAGUUUGCCGAAACAAUCCAGUAAACAGCAGACAUGAUCAUCGUGUGCAGACCUGCUUGGCCACUAUGAACCUGAGGAGCAUAUUAUGGGCUAUAAUAAUCCAGAUCCCACGUCUGCUUCCAUCUUCAGCAAAAAGGAGCUUCCGCCUUCCCCGGCCCACGUUAACAUUUUUUUCUUUAACUCAUGCAAUUUUGGCAUAUAAAAACUUGUGCUUAAGCUGGACUUUUGCAUUGCGGUGUUGUGGGGGAAAAAAUAUGGAUUGAGAUUUUUAAAAUAACACUAAAUUAGGUUCACUUACAUUUUUGUUUGUCUGCAUUUAUUUUUUAAAGAUGUGUAUGCCUGUAUGUAUUUUUUUUUCCUCUUUUGUAUUGAAUGACAUGAGGACAGCCACUAGUCUUAAACCGGUCUGAGCCAGAUUAGGUACGGUCGUUGUAUAAAGAUAAUGUAUAUAGCUGUAAAUCACUUUAAAACUGAAUGAGAAGUGAUGUGUGGUGCUCGGUUCGAGCUGUACAGAAAGCCCUCUGAUGUAUUUUGUGUGUUCUCACAACCCACAGUGAUUGGCUCUGUGAAUUGAGUGCCCUCUAGUUUGUUUUCGAGGUCCAAUCAGGAAGCGAAACAAUUCUUUGUUCGGUUUUCAACGCGCUUCCAAAAUUCUACGAUGAAUGAACCAUAUGCAACAGUUUUUCCAUGUAUGGGAAAUUAUGCACUUAAAGCAGUGACGAUUUUAUUAACUACUGUUUCAGUUGUCAGUCACAUGAGCUGUUAAACUAUCGAAAGCUGGAAAUGUAGAGCUGGUUUUACACGGAACAUUGAGCUCCACAUCAAAUAAACAGGGCUAUGUAUGUAUGUAUGUGUAUAUAAUUUGUGGAUUUAGUUAGUUUUGCUUCUUGCUAAUGUUCUUAUUUUUAAAUUUUUUUUUAAAGGAUCUUAAAAUAAAUUGCACAUUUUAAUAAUUGUUUCUCCCCAAAGAAAACUGAAGACAAUGAUAUUUUCCUUACUACCAUUUUAUUUAGACUUUACUUUUUUUGUUGCCACAAAUCGCCUGUUGUUUUCUGUAGAUCACGUGUUCGUGCAAAAGUGCUUUCCAAUAAAACGACAAAAACGUU